AUGGUUAGUAGGGGCAUAAUAACUCAUCGCAAUGAAGAUGUUGACAAGCUCAAUGAGAAAAUCAUUCAGAGAUUUCCAAGAGAAUCAAGAGUGUACCACUCAUUUGAUAAAGUUGAAAAUGAUACCCAAAAUUUGUAUCAACAAGAGUUUUUAAAUUCCAUUUCACCAGGAGGAAUGCCCCCACAUGCAUUGCAUUUGAAAGUUGGAGCCCCAAUUAUGCUUUUGAGGAAUCUUGACCCUUCUUCUGGAAUACUUGAAAAAAUAAAGCUACUUCAGCUUUGGGAGAAUUAUCAAGAGGAAGCAAAUAUGGUUGCAGAUAAGAAAGUUAAAAAUCAGGUCUCUAUUAAAGUUGAUAAAAAACAAUUGGGAAAAUUAAUUGUGCGAGAGCUUUUGAGGCAACAACAACAUCGAAAUCCUAUCAUAUCUGAUAGAGCAAGUAUAUGCAGCAAAGACAAUAUGAACAUAUAUGUGGCAAUCGAGCAUGCCCAUUCCUUCUCAGUACAAUCUUUUGAGAACCGGAAGGAGCUGGCCGACAAGAAGAGGGAGAUGAAGACCUUGGAGGAUCUAGCCGAGGUUGCUAUCAAAGCUCAAAAUGAUGCCGAAGAAAAGGCAGAAUCCGUCGAGGCCAUCAGCAAGGUUCUCGAGACCUAG